AUGUUUCCACCACAUCGACCUGCACUAGCAAGUACUAGUAGUAAUCCGGCACAAAUUUCAACUACUGCUACUACCAGUAAUUCUGGAAAUGUUAUUGGAAUAUCAAUGAGAACACCGGAACCAUCACCACGAAUACGUAAAGAUGCUACCACGGAUGUACGUAUUGGCGUUGGUAGGCAUCGUGAUAAAUUGGAACAAAUCCGGGAUUCAUUACGUCCGUUUGAACAAACCGGUAAUAUGGAUGCAUCAGUAGCAACAACGACAGCACUAGCAUCAUCAUCAUCAUCAUCAUUGUCACCAAAUAACAAUAAUAAUAAUAAUUUUACAGUUGAGGAUGAGACUCGACGACAAAUUUUAAUUAAUACGUUGACACAAAUUGGCUUUGAAGAGCAAGCAGCUCUUUUAGCUCUUGAACUUGUCCGUUAUUCAAGUGUCGCAGCAGCAGCUGAAGUCUUAUUAAAUCUCAAUAAAGAACAUGUCUUUCGACAGGAUUUACGUGACUGUGGCGGAACAUUUCAUGGGUCAUUAUCAUCAGUUGUAACUACAGCUUCAUCAUCUCCAUAUAACAAUAAUACUACUACUAAUACUACUCCUACUACUAAUAAUAAUAAUAAUAACAAUGGUAUGAUAUCAAGCAACUCCAAAAUGAUGGUACCAUCCGGUAUAACCGGUCAGGUAAUGGGAGCAGCACCACCGAUUUCUGGAAUAAUGAUAAAUGCUCAAAUACCGACAACAUCAAUUUUAGCAAAUAUCGAUGAUAGUUCAUCAAGUCGAUCAAAUAGUCCUCUGGCAAGAAUACCAAGUCCACCAGCAUCAGCUGCUUCUUUUCAAGUACGUUCGACAAGUCCGUCACUGCAAAUUAUCACCAAUCCUUAUCAUCAAGCAAAUGAUUAUCAUCGAAUGCAUGUUCAUUUGCCAAUUGAAUCAUCAAAGUAUUGCUAUAAUAAUGCUGCCAAAACAGCGGUAAAUAAUUAUGAUUACGGAUUAGCGGCAUCAUCAUCAUCAUCACAGGUUACAUCAGCCGCAACAUCAUUCACGUCAGGUACACCGUUAGCCGGAAUUACUCGUAGUCGAAAAGUGGAUCGACCAUCAACGCAACAAGCAUCAGCAAUUAUUAAUAUCGACGGAUUGCAAGGAUGCACUGAUCGUGUGGCUAAACCAACACGAUCGCUAACUUCUCGAUCUCAUAUGAACAAUGCUAAUGCUUUACGAAGAUCUGAUGCGUUACCAGUGAUAAGGACACGAUUAGAAAGACCGAUUAAUACAAGACAUCCAUUGAAUACUUCUGUUGAUGAAGAAACAGUUGAAAUAGCAACAACACAUGGCAAUUUAUCGACAACAAACGGUAUACAACGAAUACUGGUUGAUCCGGAUAGACCAUCUACUGCUUAUGCUAAUUAUGCUGAACAGUUAUGUCGGAGAACAAAUCUUCUUGCUGUCAGUGAACAUGAUUCAACUCUAUCAAGCGCGUAUACUGAAUUGAGCAAUGGUUAUCAUCGAACUUCAGGCGUUACAGUGCCACGUCCUGUUUCACCUAAUAUUUGUGCAAAAACGAGUGGCGAAACGGAUGAAGUUACGCGUUGCAUAUCUCCCUUACCAGGAAGUAUUUUACGUAAAUUACGUACAAAUACGUAUGAAUCUGUUAUUAAACCAUGUAAGCCACGACUAUUUUGCUUUUACAUGGAGCAACACGUGGAACGCUUAAUACAGCAAUACAAAGAGCGUCAACAACGUGCACGACAGCUUGCUAAAGAAAUGGAAUGUGCAGAUUUACCAGAAAGUAUGCGUGAACAUAUGAUGAUAUUUUUAACGCAAAAAGAAUCACGUUAUUUACGAUUAAAACGACAAAAAAUGAAUAAAAAUAUGUUUGAAGUGGUGAAACAUAUUGGUUUCGGUGCAUUUGGUCGUGUAUCACUGGUUAAAAAGAAAGAUACUGGUCAAGUGUAUGCGAUGAAAAAAUUAUUGAAAAAAGAUGUAAUCAUGAAGCAGCAGGCAGCACAUGUGAAGGCUGAACGUGAUAUUCUUGCUGAAGCUGAUAGCAACUGGAUUGUCAAACUUUAUUAUUCAUUUCAGGAUGAACAAUCUCUAUAUCUUAUUAUGGAAUAUGUUCCGGGUGGUGAUAUGAUGCAACUUCUUAUUAACAAGGGAUUAUUCGAGGAAAAACUUGCUAGGUUUUACAUUGCUGAAUUAACAUGUGCCAUCGAAUAUGUUCACGGCCUUGGUUUCAUUCAUCGUGAUAUUAAACCAGAUAAUAUAUUGAUUGAUCAGAAUGGCCAUAUCAAGUUGACCGAUUUUGGUUUAUGUACGGGUUUGAGAUGGACGCAUGAUAAACGUUAUUAUGGACCUGAUAAUGAUGAGGUAGAGAACACGGAAACACAGAAAAAUUAUUUGGCUUCACAUCCAAAUUUGUCAGGAAUAAAUCGACCAAAAGUAUUAGAAAUCAGAAAUCAUUGCAAACGAAAUCAAUCACAUUCAUUAGUAGGAACUGACAACUAUAUGGCACCAGAAGUAAUUCGAGGCACUGGUCACACACAACUUUGUGAUUGGUGGUCUGUUGGUGUCAUUUUGUAUGAAAUGGUUUUCGGUAGACCACCAUUUCUCUCGGAAGAUCGUUAUGAGACACAGUAUAAGAUUGUAAAAUGGCGGCAAUAUCUUGAUUUAAAUAAUCGCAUUGGUGAAAAAUUAUCACUGGAAUGUAUUGAUGUAAUUCGGAAAUUAUGUUGCGAACAAGAAGAUAGACUUGGUUGUAAAAAUGGUGCAGAAGAUCUUAAAAUUCAUCCAUGGUUUAAGGGUAUCGAUUUUUCAACGUUGCGUUCUACACGUGCCGAAUACAUUCCACGUGUUGAACAUGCUGAAGAUACAUCAAAUUUCGACACAUUUGAAUUUGAUUCCUCCGAUCAGUCAUUCGAUACAGUGGCAAAACGUGCAAGCGCUUCUGCAGCAUUCAAUCCAGCAUUCUAUGAAUUUACAUUUCGCCAUUUUUUCGACUUUGAUGGACAAGGUUGUCCCAGUUUUCGUAAACGUCGACCAUCAUUGGCACCUUUAUUGGAAGCUACCGGUGCUACUGUUGCUACUACACAUUCAGGCAUUUCGAGUCAUAUUAACAAGACCAAAGAUUUUAAAAAUAAUAAUGGCAGGACGAAUAGUGGUAAUAUGAAGUUUCGAUUGCCAGCAGGAGCACUGUCACCACAAUCAUUAGCAAUGAAAGCAACAACGACGGUGGGAAUUGUGCAAGGUGAUGAAUAUGAAAGUGAUGACUCAUUAGUUGUAUAA